GCCCCAUUUCCCAUGGCAAAUCCUACACAAGGUCGUUCCUCUUCCAUCCUGCUAGCAUCUGGACGCCAGGCACCUCAACAGGCCGUCCUCCUCUGGGCUGCUCCACAGUUCGUGUCAAAGUGUGGGCUACAUCAUGGAAAAAGAAAGCCUCCUCGCUGCAGCUUCGCCUGCUCGGCCUCCGGGAUUCCUUCCACCGAACCACCCUAUGUUGAGGAGAUGUUGGCACGAGAAAAUGCAAGGACGCGCAACACGGAACGGAAGGCUAGAAUACGGAAACAUCUGGAGAAACCUGAAUUCUCGCCAUCUGCCUAUGACACAGCAUGGGUGGCUAUGGUGCCAUUGCCCGACACCAAUCGGCAGGCUCCAUGCUUCCCUCAGUGUGUUGAAUGGAUAUUGCAAAAUCAACACUGUAGUGGUUCAUGGGGUAUCAACCAAUUCGGCUUAUUAGCAAACAAGGAUAUUCUGUUAUCAACACUGGCUUGUAUCAUUGCACUUAAGAAAUGGAACGUUGGCUCCGACCACAUAAGUAGAGGACUAGAAUUUAUUGGAAGGAAUAUCUCCACUGUAAUGGAUAAGCAGAUUGUUUCUCCUAUAGGCUUCAAUCUCAUUUUCCCUGGUAUGUUUAACCAUGCUAUCAGGAUGGGUUUGGAAUUUCCAGUCAGAGAAACUGAUAUCAGUGGGAUACUUCACCUUCGUGAGAUGGAGCUGAGAAGAUUGGCUGGUGAGGAAUCUAACGGGAAAGAAACAUAUCUGGCCUUUGUUGCUGAAGAAGGGUUGGUAAGCCUGCUGGACCGCAAUGAAGUUAUGAACUUCCAGAGAAAGAAUGGGUCGUUGUUCAACUAUCCUGCCGCAACGGCCGCUGUAUUAGUCCACCGCUACGAUGAUAAAGCUCUCCAAUACCUCAAUUCCAUUGUCAGUAUAUUUGGCAGUGCAGUACCAACAGUGUACCCACAGAAUAUAUAUUAUCAGCUCUCAAUGGUGGAUAUGCUCAAAAAGAUCGGAAUAUCUCGGCACUUUUCCAGUGAGAUAAACAGUAUCCUGGACAAGGCAUACAUUUCCUGGUUACAGAGAGAUGAGGAAAUAAUCCAAGAUGUAGAAACAUGUGCAAUGGCAUUUCGCCUUUUACGGAUGAAUGGAUAUGAUGUUUCAUCAGAUGAGUUGUCCCAUGUUUCUCAAGCCUUCACUUUCCAUAACUCACUGGAAGGUUAUUUAAAUCAAACAAAAUCUUUAUUAGAGUUAUACAAGGCUUCAGAACUAUGUUUGUCAGAAAAUGAAUUGGUCCUGGAGAACAUAAGUAACUGGUCAGGGCGCUUAUUGACAGAAAAGUUGUGCUGUAAUGGGUCAGAAAGAAUGCCAAUUCUUGGAGAGGUAGAAUAUACUCUUAAAUUUCCAUUUUAUGCAACAGUGGAAGCUCUAGAUCAUAAGAGGAACAUUGAACAUUUUGACUCUAGGGUUCCUCAGCAGCUAAAGACAAAAAACUUGCUGUGUCAUGUUAAUCAAGAUCUUCUAGAUUUUGCCAUUGAAGAUUUCAGUAUUUCUCAAUCUAUAUACCAGGAUGAACUUAGCCACAUCGAGAGGUGGGAGAAAGAAAACAGGCUGCACCAGCUAAGAUUUCUACGCAAGGGGAGUCUAAUAAAUUGUUACCUCUCUGCUGCUGCAACCAUAUCCGCUCAUGAAUUCUCUGAUGCUCGCAUUGCAUGUGCGAAAAGUAUUGCGCUCGUACUUGUUAUUGAUGACUUCUUUGAUGUUGGAGCAUCCAAAGAAGAACAAGAAAACCUCAUCGCAUUAGUAGAGAAGUGGGAUGACCAUCACAAAGUUGAGUUCUACUCUGAGCAAGUAGAAGUAGUAUUUUCUGCUUUUUAUACCACAGUUAAUCAGAUUGGAGAAAUGGCUUCUGCAAUACAAAACUGCGAUGUUACAAAGCACUUGGAUGAAACAUGGCUACAUUACAUGAGGUCUGUGGCAACCGAGGCAAAAUGGCAACGGAAUCAAUAUGUGCCAACAGUUGAGGAAUACAUGACAGAACCGCUUACCUCAUACGGGAUGGGCCCGAUUAUGCUCACAUCACUGUAUUUUGUCCAAAAAAAUCUCCUGAAGCACAUUAUCAAAGACCCGGAGUACAGUGAGUUGCUUAGACUAAUGGGUACAUGUGGCCGUCUCUUGAAUGAUACUCAAGGCUUUGAGAGGGAAUCCAGAGAUGGAAAACUGAACAUCAUCUCACUGCUUGUUCUUCAGAGUGGAGGUUCCAUGUCCAUAGAAGCUGCUCAAGAGGCCACACAGGAGUCAAUAGCCUCAUGUCGGAGAGACCUGCUAAGGAUGGUUGUUAGAGAAGACCGUGUUGUUCCUAGGCCAUGCAAGGAGCUGUUCUGGAGGUUUUGUAGGACAGCUCACUUGUUCUACUGUCACACCGACGGAUUUACGUCGCCCAAGGAAAUGCUCUGCACAAUGAAUGCAAUAUUCACAGAGCCACUCAAACUUCAAACUACCAGUCCUUCUUUUGAUGUUCAAUCAGAACAAUAAUCAAGGAUUCCUUAAUUAUGCCAUUAUCCUGAUUAUA